CUUAUUAGGCCUUGUAUUACUCGCUGGACAUCACACAUAAUGGCCAUUGGCCAAUUAAUUCAGCUGGAAAUUCCAUUUAAAACUAUCAUAGUCAGGAGUAGGCAUGAACUCGAGACAGCAGCUGGAACGAGGCAUGAUGCAAUUUCAAAAGCAUGGCAGAUCCUUGCAACAAUCCAGAAUGAAGGCUUCUGGGAUGACUUGAGAGAGUGA